AUGCGGGUGUUGCAUGCCCAGUCGUCCGUGCCCCCCGUUCAAACUCGACAGUGUCAAGUGGUCACUGGAGGUGAGAUGCAAGUUCGAGUAUCGGAGCCCAUGUCUCUACUUCGGGCACCAACCGAAAGCGAGAGUAACGCGCUUCUGCGUUCUCUAUUCGGAUCACACUUUAUCUACAGCUCUCUUUUGCACACGAUACCGAACUCUGAGCGAGGCUCGCUGUUUUUUAACGAACAAUGCUGCUACAUUGAGCUACUGACACCGACAGAGAAUGGCUUCAGGCUGGUGUUUUGCUCUCUAAAUCCGGCAGAGGUGACGGCAGGGAAGGCUCCACCCGAGAGAGUGACAUCAUUGCACCCUGUCUCCGGUUGGUUGAUAGCCCAAUCGUCUCAAACCAACCCGGAAACGCUUCAAUUCACCUUCCAGGCAGCAUUUACAGGCAAUUUACCAGAUGGCUGCGACUUUCAAGUGGCUCAGAAUCGCCUUCUGUUCCUUGCCAAACGGGUCCGUCGACUUGAAAAAGUGAUACGUCGACGCCAUCGACAUCACCGACAACGUGCCACAUUAGAAGGACGAUUGUGGCACAUCUUACGAUCGCCAUUCCAAGCUGCUGGGGUAUCGGGUGAUGGGAACGAAGGAGGAAAACGUCACAAUUGGCACUGUAUUGCUUGUACCCGUUCGUUUCUCCCGGCACUGAGUAAACGAUGGCGACGCUCGCGUUGCCGUGUACAGCCGCUAUGUAGUAACAUUACUUGUCUGCACGCGUUGUCGCGAAUGUAUCGACGUACGCGACAGUGA